AUGUUAAUAGCAGGUGAAACAUCGUUAAAUGUUUACCGUGGUCAGCUUAUGUCAGCUGAUGAAUUACAAUUAAUAAAGAAUAAUAUUGGUGAAUUUAUAUCUAUUAACACAUUUCUGUCAACAACAACAAUUCGUUCAAUUGCGAUUGAUUUUUCAGGAAAUGGUUGUCAGCGACCACAGUAUGAAUCUGUUCUUCUUCAUAUUACGAUUGACUUAACAUUAACAAACGUAAAGCCAUACGCCAAUAUUAGUCACUUAAGCUCUAUGGAAGAUGAAAACGAAAUUUUAUUAUCACUUGGAACAGUAUUUACAAUUGAUUCGGUGGAAAUAUUCAAUGAUGAAUUAUGGUUGAUUAACUUAACACUGACAAACCAUAAUAAUACACACGUGAAAAAUAUACUGAAUCAUUUGAGAAUGAGAUCAUUUUCCGUUGAUGAUGGAUUAAUGUUUGGUCUUUGUUUAGAAGCGAUGGAUGAAACUCAGAAAGCAAAGCAAUACUAUAAGAUACUGUUUGAUGAGCUACCUUUUAAUCCUCUAUAUACAAAUGAGCUCUUAAACGAUGAAAUGCUAGAAGUUGCUGAGCAAUUCUAUGUAGGAAGCCUAACACGUUUGAUUAGUGACUAUGAACCUUAUCAAACUAGAUUGUAUGACAGAAACGGGGUUUAUCCUCCUAAUUCAACAUAUGAGUAUAAACAUAUACUAAUACUGCAUGCAAAAGCACAAGAGUUUCUCGAAACGAAUUCAGACAUAAUUGAUAGAUCAAUCAUACCAGAUCCAGCCGUAGGAAAAAUGUAUAUGGUUUUCGGUUUACAGCUAUGCCGCAAAGCUUAUUUUUCAGAUGCACUGAAAUAUUUUAAAUUAGCAAUCGAAAUUUAUCAUCAGGUAUUCUGUUCGUUCGUACAUCCAGAGUUGUAUUUUCUGUUUUAUUUCUACGGUUAUUUAUGCUACGAGAAAUUGGAUUUAGACGAAGCAGUAGCCCGCUGUUGCCAUGCGCUUGAUAUAGCACAAGGAAAAGUUGAUGACGUUGAUAUUGGUAUCAUUUACAAUAUACUUGGACUUAUUUUUUAUGAAGCAGAAGACUAUUGUGAAUCAUUAAUUUAUUUUGAAAUGGCCUUAGAUCUUCUACCAUCGGAUCACGACAUAGUAGUAACAAUCUUAACUGAUAUGGGACAUUUACACCGACAAGAUCAAAAUUAUCAAAAAGCGUUGAAAUAUUAUAAUGAAGCCUUGCAUAUUCACACAAUCACGGUUGGCAUUCUUCAUAAUUACAUUGCGAUCGAAAAAUUGUUAGAUCAUCUUGGUUUGACCUCUAUCGAAGCUGGUGAUUACGAAAAUGGAAUUAAGUAUUACAAUCGACUUUUGGAAAUACAACUGGAAUAUCGUGAUGUAUUUUCACAACCAUUAGCUACUACAUAUCAGAGAAUAGCACAAGCUUAUAGAGAUAUGCAACAGUACACUGCAGCAUGGGUCAACUAUCAUAAAGCUUUAAAAAUCCUUUUAUUGGCAAAAGAUAAAUCUUUAGAAUUAAAGAUUAUAUAUCUAUUUGAUUUUAUAAAAUCUCUUAACGAAGAAAAGUACGAUUUUGAAGAAUCAUUUAAAAAAGAUCCUGAACUGGAACUUGCAUUGCUAAACGUGGACAAUCCAUUAAUAACCAAUAGAUUUAUUAUGGGAUUAUUUUGUGAAAUUUAUGCCAAACGAAUAAAUUAUAUGAAUGCAGUAAUGUACUUUCAGAAAGCAAGACAUAUUGCACAAAAAUUGCUUUCAUAA